GCAUCAGCAGUUACAUCCCGUGUCUUAGACCAAGACCAUCCACAAGUUCCUCGCUUAGCUGCACGACAGACACUACGCAGCAAUCAUCCUGCAUCAACUCCAGAGAGCUACUGGCGGAGAGCUGUCUUCAUUCCAUUCAUUGACAGCAUGAUCAGUGAACUUGGCAGUAGGUUCACUGACAUGAGCCAUGCAUCAGUGCAAGGACUGCUGCUCCUGCCAAAACACUGCCAGAGCCUCACUCCUCACCACCAGGCAGCUAUCCUGAAGGCUUAUGCUCCAGAUUUGCCUGAUGACCCAACUUUCGAGGCCGAGAUACGCCGAUGGAAGAGGAAGUGGGAGUAUGCAGGUGCUGCUACCUUACCAACCAGUGUUACAGAGACGCUGGGUGCUGUGAAUGAAGUGGCAUAUCCCAACAUUGUCUUCAUUCUUCGCCUGUUGUUGAUAAUACCCGUCACCACAGCCACAGUUGAAAGAGCGAACUCUGCACUAAAGCUGAUCAAAACAGACCUGCGGAGCACGAUGGCACAAGACAGGCUAAAUGCGCUAGUGCUCAUGUUUGUCCACAAGGACUUGUCUGUCAACCAUGAGCGUGUGAUAGACUCUUUUGCGAAGGCAUAUCCGAGACGCUUGCUGUUCCUGGAUCCAACUGCUACAACAGAAGAAGCACAAUCACAGUGACGGUGACAUUGUUUUCAGUGAUGGUUGUAUUGUCGGUCCAUCAGAUUUCUUCUUCAGUUCUGAAUCAGUGAUGUUACUUUUCCACGCUCCUCUGUUUUCUGAUGUUAUAUAUCAACCUGUUUUGCAUGUGUUGAGUAAAGUGAAAUAUAGUUAUAAUAUGAAAAUAUCACAAACUCGACCUCAUUUGAACUGAUGACUAUAAGAUAUUCCUAGAGGGCCAGCUGCGAAAAUGUUGAACAUGGACACGUGACUAACUGGUGACGUCAUUACCGAACCUGACAGACCGCGCCUGUACCUGGUGAGAA